AUGACCCCGGUGGCCGUCCCGCCUAGUCCUGGCAACGCCAGCGUCGCAGGCGCCCUCAAGGCCUGCCUCGACAUACUCUCAGAUAUGUGCUGCAUCAACACUCUGGCGAAGGAUUGGCCCGAUCUCCAGACCAAGCUCGACGUUGAGAGAACCCUGCUCCUUCAAUGGGCCGACAAGGUCAAGCUCCUCAACGACGUCCACGACAGGUGCCUCGACCAGCCUGACACCCACAGCCAGAUCAUUCAUCUGCUGCACACCACCUACAACAUGCUCACGGACAACCCUGGGCUCGCGCAUCACUUCUCCAUCAUCGCUCAUGAACAAGUGGACUCGCUCCCUGAUGCGACCUAUCUCCAAAGCUCCUGGAUCCUCAGCAAGCCGCGAAUGGAAAAGUUCAACAGCGAGUUUACCCGUCAGAACCUUCAAACUCUGCAUGUUCCGGACGGCACGCCUUCGACCACCAGGAUCCUCCGGGUCAUGACCUGCAAGGCUGGUUUCCAGUACUUCACUGAGAACAUCAGGCAGCUUGUCAAUUCCCUCAACAGACUCGCCAGCAGCCCCAACUGUCUCGAGUGUGCGGCGCAGAUGGCGGCAGAGGACGUCAAGGAGUGCAAGAACAUUGAUGACUUGCGCAAGGUUCGAGACGCCGCCAAGGGAAUCAGAGAUACGAUUGCUCUCUCGGCCGAGAAGCUCAUUGUCGACAUGGCGCGACGAAGAGUCUGGGCCAAUCUCCGGUUUGAAGGGAUCCAUGAGAGGAAGAUGACCCUGCAGGACCCUCACCCUGGUACUUUCGAAUGGGCUCUCAAGGCACCCGAGCCUGACACCGAGUGGGACAGUCUCACCGAGUGGCUUGAGUCAGGGUCCGGCAUCUAUUGGGUGUGUGGGAAAGCUGGCGCGGGCAAGUCGACACUUCUCAAGUACAUCUUCAACCAUCCCGAGACCAAGAGACGUCUGAGUACCUGGGGUGGAGACGAGCCUGUCUCUCUGGGAUCCUACUUUUUCUGGAAGUUGGGAAUAGUCCAGCAGCGAACCCGAGACGGCAUGGCCAGAGCAGUCCUGUAUCACAUCCUGAGAGCGAUGCCCCACCUCACCCCCAUUCUUGUGCCCACCAUGUGGCGAUUCGCCUACGAAGAAGGUCCCUUGGAGUCUCACGAGCCUCUGCCUCUGCCGUCUGUGGCGGAAGUGAAAGACGCCUUUGAGAAGAUGGCCGAGCCCGGCGUUCUCAACAUGAAAUUCAUCUUCGUCGUCGAUGGCUUGGACGAGUAUUCCGGCGAUGGAGCCAGAGCUGUCGCCUUCCUCCAGAUGCUCUGCACAUCCCCCAAGAUCAAGAUUUUGGCGUCGAGCAGGCCCAGUCCCGUCUUUGUUGAUUUAUUUGCCACCUCGCCAAAGCUUCAUCUUCACGAACUCGUCGGAGGGGAUGUUCUGCAGUAUGUGCAGGACAAGGCUGAUACUCAUCGGUACAUGAGAGCCCUGCGGGAGGUGGACGAAACCAUGGCCCUGAUCCUCAUCGAGAAGCUUGCCGAAAAAGCAUGCGGUGUCUUUUUGGGGGCUGUCCUUGGGACCAGGAUUUUGCUUCAGGGGUUCGACGGACUUGAACGCUUCGUCAACCUUGAACAGCGCAUCGAGGCCAUCCCAGAAGAGCUCGAGGACUUGUUCGCGUACGUGCUCAACCUGAUAGAGCCCUGCCACCGUAAGCAGGUGGCCAAGCUCCUCCGCAUCUGCUUCAGAAGCAAGGAGUCGCGAAGCGCCGAGGCUGAGCGAAGACGAGUCUGGAACCGCGACAUGGCCUCUGUCGACGAGGACAUGGACUCUGACGAGUUUGACCGCAAGUCCGAGAGAACCCUCAAAGCUCGUCACAGACAGUGCUUGGCCCUUGAGAACCGCCUUGCUAGCCGCUGCGGUGGGCUCUUGGAGGUUAUCCGG